CGCAGGGCAUCAACUUCACCUCGUUCACGGCGCACAUGGUGCCCGGGGCGCUGCUGUGCCUGGCGGGCGCGUACCUGCUGCUGCGGCUGCGCGACACCAAGAGCCUGCGGCCGCACGAGGCGCCCGAGUUGCUGGAGCUUCAGCGCGAGCUGGAAAUCUGGCGCAAGGCGUACCGCUCGCUGUCCGAGUACUCGCGCGACGAGAAGCACGUCAAGGACAUCCUCGAGCGGAAGGUGAAGCGCCUCGAGCGACUGCGCUCCCGCAAGGCGGCCGACCUGCGCUGCACCGAGGAGGGAUUUCGGCAGAACCUGCAGUUGCUGUCCGACAAGUACAAGAUCCGUAACCGUGGCCUGCUGGUGAAGACCGGCAUCGUGCUGGGAUGCGUCAUUGUGCUCUUCUUUAUGCAGAGCUUUCCCAACCUGCACCUGAGCCUAGGCUGGAUCGCCGUCCUGGGCGCGCUGCUGCUCCUGGUCCUGGCCGACCUGGACGACCUGGAGCCCGUGAUGGCGCGCGUCGAGUGGACCACGCUGGUGUUCUUCGCCGCGCUGUUCGUGGUGAUGGAGGCGCUGGGCGAGCUGCAGCUCAUCUACUUCAUCGGCCAGCGCACGCAGGAGUGGAUCGGCGCGCUGCGGCCGCAGUCGCAGCGCCCCGUGGCCAUCCUCAUCGUGACGUGGGUGUCGGCGCUCGCCUCGUCGCUCAUGGACAACAUCCCGUUCACCACCGCCAUGGUCAAGGUGGUGACGGGCCUCUCCGAGGGCCCCGCGCUCGUGUACGCCCUGGCGUGGGGCGCCUGCCUGGGCGGCAACGGCACGCUCAUCGGCGCCUCGGCCAACGUGGUCUGCGCCGGGGUCGCCGAGCAGCACGGUCACCGGUUCACCUUUUUCGACUUCUUCAGAAUCGGCUUCCCUGUCAUGCUGCUGACGACGUCGAUCGCCUCACUGUGGCUGCUCUUCUGCCACGUAUGGCUGCAGUGGAACACCUAGGCCACAACCUCAAGACUUUAGGAUUAAUAAAAGAAAUAAACACUUUGGAACACCUUUGUAUAUGGCAAAAUAAGAAACCAUUCUCUUUAUAUCGACAAACUG